AUGAACAUCAACUGGCAGUCGGAAGACAUGGCAUAUAUCAAUCAGUUUUAUGAGCAAAAAGAUGAUCCAAGGCAGCAAGGUUGGAAAAUAAGUAGUUCAUCUUUUGUGGACAAAAUCAAACAAAUGCAAGACUUUUUUAGAUUGAAUGUGACGGGAAAGGUUGAUGCUGAGACACUAGAAGUUAUGCAACAACCACGAUGUGGUGUUCCUGAUAUUGGACAGUAUGUCCUGGCUCUUCCUGGAUGGGGAAAAACCAAGCUUACAUACAGGAUUAUGAAUUACACACCUGACAUGAGGAGAGCUGAUGUGGAUGACUCUAUCAAAAAGGCUUUUGAAGUUUGGAGUAGAGUGACUCCUCUGACUUUCAUCAAGAUUCAUAGAGGGAGAGCAGACAUCAUGAUUGAGUUUGCAACAAGAGUGCAUGGCCGCUGUCCACGACAAUUUGAUGGACCCCUGGGUGUCCUUGGGCAUGCUUUUCCUCCUGGACAUUACUUCCGUGGAAAUGUCCAUUUUGAUGAGGAUGAAACCUGGAUAGCCAGCUUACAUGAACAAAGAAGAUCUAGAUAUUAUACUGAUGUUUCGGCAGAAGAUGUCAUGACUCCUGUUUUGGAAAAAGUCCCAAAGCUGCACUCUUCUGCUGUUCCUCUCCCUUACUCCACCAUUAAAUUCAACUUGUUCCUUGUUGCCGCACAUGAGAUUGGCCAUGUCCUUGGCCUCGCACAUUCUAAUGACCCAAGAGCACUGAUGUUCCCCAGUUAUAAACCCAUUGACCCUGCUGAUUCCCCACUCUCCCAAGAUGAUAUUAAUGCCAUUCAGGCCAUCUAUGGACCAUCACAAGACCCUUCAAAUGAACCAGUGGAGCCAACAUUACCAACAGCUUGUGAUCCUAAGCUAAAUUUUGAUGCCAUCACUACCUUCCGAAGAGAAGUGAUAUUUUUAAAGGGAAGGCACAUUUGGAGAGUGUAUCCUACUAGCUCUGAUGUGGACAUGGAAUCAAUUUCUACUUUGUCGCCUCUCCUACCUUCUGGAAUCCAGGCAGCUUAUGAAAAUAUGAAUGAUCAGAUUCUUUUCUUUAAGGAUAAUAAGUUCUGGAUGUUUAGUAGGCUUCAGAUGCAGCCUGGCUAUCCCCAACUCAUUGACAAGUUGGGAUUCCCAGCAAACAUUAAGAAAAUUGAUGCUGCUGUUUUUGAUAAAGAUACUAGAAAAACCUAUUUCUUUGUUGGAAACCAAUACUGGAGGUAUGAUGAAAAUACUCGAUCCAUGGACAAGGAUUAUCCAAGGAAAAUAAGGGAUGAUUUUCCUGCAAUUGGCCAGAAGAUUGAUGCUGCCUUCCAGCUCAAUGGUUUCUUCUAUUUUUUCCACGGGUCCAAGCAGUGGGAGUUUGAUCUGAAGACUAAAAGAGUGAUUCGUGUAAUGAAGAGCAACAGCUGGCUUAAUUGUUAG